AUGGACGUGAUCGAGCUGCUGGAGCGGCUGCCGGGCUGCAGGGAAGCCGCCGAGCGAAUGAAGAAGACGCAGGAAAUUCUCUCCCUGGUCGAUGCUUUCGAGGCGUUGGCCGACAAGCACAGCAUCGAGCCCGACCAACCCACGCCAGCCAAGAAGGAUCCCGGCCUGGCCAUCAAGGACAUGGGCGGAAAAGCCGAAACCUUCGAGAAAAUCCAUUCGACCCUCCUCCCGUCUAUCAGAGACCAGCUGGCUUGUCUCCAGGACUCGCUCGACCUACUCGAUCCCCAGAAGAACCCCCACCCGGCCACCGAUCCAACUCUAGAGUGCCUAUCAAGUCUUGAUAACACUCUAGAGAGCAUUCUAGCCGCCAUCGGCACCCUCACGCUCGAGUCACCUCUACCGGACGAAAAGCACGAUCAUGGCCUAGAGAUGUUGAAGGUCUUUCGGUGCUCUCAUCUACAAGAGACAAUCCAGAAGGUGGUAGGAAGCUUUAUCUAUGAAUGGAUAUUCCGGGAUGUAAUUCCGAGUUUUAUCCGAUGGUGCGCCAUGGCAAAUAUUGGUUUCAAGAACGAUUCGAUGUCGAAGAAGGGAUCCGAUUUGAGACAGGGAAUCCAGAUCGCAAUGUCCUAUCCACACGAUCAAAUCACCCAAACGAUCGAUUGGUGCCGCAAGUCAGACUGGGCUAUCGUCCAAGAAGCUUGGCUAGAAGCAUCCGACUCAUGCGAAGAGGCCCUUGAGAAAUUCACUUGCCGAAUCAACCGCACGAUCCAAUCAACAUCGGACGCUGAUCUUGACAGCCAGAAUCACGCGAACAGAGUAUUCAUAGUUGGCGUAGCCAAGUCGGCCAUACCGCUCAUCAAAUUAGCUAGAAUCUUGAUCAAGAAAACCUCGGGAAAGAUCUCAAAGAAACAUCUAGCGACAUUGGGUAUCACAACCCUAGAGCUCAACUCGGAGACAAUGACACAGCUAUACGAUGCCCCUCAACCGCUCUUUGGGCUCGCGUACCUGGCCAACAUCUUAUACCUUCUUGAUAGUCCAAUUCUACCCAUCACUAUCCCUGCGGAGAAGCAAACCCAACUUCGUGGCAUUGCGCAAAAACUCCCAACAAAAAUGGAGUCCACCUUGGCCGUCAUAGAAUCCUGUCUGAUUCCCCUCCUGACCCAAAUCGAAGAUCAAGAUUCACCCGAAGCUCACUUGGAGUCAUUCCUUCCGAUCUUAAGACAAACUUGGGGUAAGGCUAGUGAACAUUUGAGGGAUAUUAUCUUUUCCUUUGAAGUUGAACGGAUAGCCAUUUGA